AUUAACCAAUCAACAACCAUUCGGCUGAAGGUCAUCCCAUGCCGUACUGAUCCCGAACCAGUGCAAGGUCACAAUGUGCCAAUUUUCAUCAUUGAUAAAUCAUCACUGCCGAUUUCUCAAUGGGAUUUGACCACCCAGCAGUUGCUACCAUACAUCGAUGGAUUCUUACAUGUUAGCAGGAUUGCUGCGGAGGCUGAUAUUGAUAUCAACAUCGUGAAACUGUGUGUCCAGAACAUGCUACAGCAAAGAGUCGUAACCCUCAUAUCUAUCUUCCAAUACAGUAAUGUCUACACUGAUAC